AAGAUGGGCAAGUUAAAUUACUCUGCUCGAAAGAUCGACGGCGUCAGGGCCGCGCAGGUGGUCGUUAGAGACUUGAAAAAACGAAUCACCACCGGCUCCGGCGCCCGAAACACCUCCCGCGAUCCGAUCCUCGAACUCGACGUCAGCGACAAAAACCUAACCGACACCGGCUUCACCGAUGUCCUCCACACCCUCCUCGAAUGCAUGAAAUAUCGCGACGCAGAGCACCCCGACGGUGCUGCCAAACUCACCGAGCUCCACCUCCCCGGCAACCAAUUGACCAUACUCUCGCUGGAGAAGCUGGGUGAGGUGGUUGAGCUUAGUGCUGGGGAUCUGCGCGAGUUGGAUAUUUCUCGGAAUCAGAUUGAGAUUCGCGGUGAUGAUGAUAAGGGGAAGGGGAUUUGGUUGGAGUUUCUGAGGGCAUUUGAGGGGUGCUAUGUGCUUAAGAAGCUGGAUUUGGGGAUGAAUCGGUUGGGGAUUGUGGGUGUUGAGCUGCUGUCGAGGGUUUAUACGCGGAGUGAUCUCGACUUCUUUGAGGAAGAAGGUCAGGAGGAGAUCGUUGUUGAGGAGAUGGAGGCGUUGGAUGUCAAUGAGAAGGAGAAUGACCGUGGUCGUUCGAAGAAGUCGCCUAAGGCUAAUAUAGUUCUAGGUACCGUCGCUACUUCCGGUCCUUCUACUACAAAGACCGUGAGCCCUGUCGACUUGAAGCAUUACGCGUGUACCAGAGGCUUACGCUCCGUGCCAUACAUUAUCCUCUCGAACACCUCGUUGACCACCGGUGCUGCCAUCCAUCUGACCAGCAUGAUCCUAUCCCAUCGAGAUCCCGAGCAGCUGCUCCCCUAUCUCCCCCCAGGCAAAAUGUCCCCUCUCUCCGACACAGACGGCCGAUGCAACGGUCUAAUUUGGCUUCCCAACGACGAUCUAAGCGACCUAGGACACAAGAUGCUCGACUCUGCCGAGACGCUUCGUCAGUUCGCCUCUGAAAUGCAUCCCGAGGAGGACCAGGCCCAUCGGGAGGGAAAACUUCCCCGCGAUUUGGAGGGCGUUAAUCUGAUGGACUUCAUGGAACAGCGCCGUCAGCAUGCAAAGCUGAAUGUGGAAUACACUCGUAUCAUCAAGCGUGCACGGAUCGAAGCCCUAAGGACGGAAGGUGUGCAUGCCGCGGAGUUGUGGAGUGCUGCGUUGCGGAUGAUCACCACGGCUCGUAUGUUGCUGAUGGAUGGUUCCAAGCGCGAUGCGGAGGAACAGUCUGAGUCCGAGAAUGAGCAGGAGAAUACCGCACCUGAAGAAUCUGUCCCCGACCAGGAAUACAUCCAAACAAGCAACUACGAAGCCUAUGCCUACUCUACGUCUGUCGAGGAGCCCAUGCCCAAGGGUCCGUUCCAGCCAGGCGGUGCGACGUUCGAUGUCAAUUUCCCUGCUCUGAGCGGGUCUUCCGCGAACAGGGGACCUGGACCUGCUCCUGGCCCUGGACUCAUCGAGCCUCCGACGAAAGAGAAGCUUCCUAUUACGCCCCCCCAACCCCAACGGACCCAGCAGCAACGACACCAGCGACAGAAGUCCAGAGCGGAACAUGUGAAUCGCACGGAGAAAUGUACUUCUAUCCAAGGACAAGAGAAGCCCCGGAAUCUGUUCCACAGACUCCCCUUGCACGUCAAUUAUCAGAUUAUCGCACGCAGAGCCGGUGCGGUGGGCAUCCUUAGCCCCGCGCAGCAGGAACGACUUGUCAAGUACGCGACCGACUGGAAUUCUAUCGCUGCUGAGAUGAGGGCGCAGGGUGCUGAGGAGCAUCAGCAGAUCUGGAAGAUUCUGGAUUCUGUCAACUGCUUCAUUUACUCUUCUUCGUCUUAGAUGUGAGGGGUAGGGUUUGUAUGUCUUGAUCAGCUUUCUUUUCUCCUCUCUUUGUCAGAGUGCACAUGUUUCAUCUAUGGUUAAGCGAAACAGACUAUGAGGUGUUGUUUGAAGAAGAGAAUAGCACUAUGGCAUGCUUUGAUCUUGGUCUCAUUUUCUCAUGGGACUGAUCGAUGCUGUGCUGUAUGCUUGUUUCUUUCCAUUGAACGAUGCUCAUCUGUCUGGUUCAUUUGACAAAACGCAUACGAAUGUACGUAGUUCAAAUACAGAAGAUAUCUAGACCCAAU